CAAAUGCGGUGAGCCAGAAAAGUUCAACCCAUCACAUGAUCCAUACCACUGUGUAGGCCAUAUUUGACAGAGGCUGAGUAGUGUGGUGUAGUGCGUGUGGAGUCUGGUGGGUGAUUGUUCAGAAAAUACUCAGCAAAAAUGGCGUUAGGAGAAGAUCGUCCAAUCUACGGCCCUUUCUUUGGAGUAAUGGGGGCUGCAUCUGCAAUAAUUUUCAGCUCUCUGGGAGCAGCAUACGGAACUGCGAAGUCCGGUACGGGUAUUGCAGCGAUGUCUGUAAUGCGACCAGAGCUGAUUAUGAAGUCUAUAAUCCCCGUUGUCAUGGCUGGUAUCAUCGCAAUUUACGGCUUGGUCGUAGCAGUAUUGAUAGCAGGAGCGCUUGAGGAGCCCGCCAGCUACACUUUAUUUAAGGGAUUUGUCCACUUGGGGGCAGGAUUGGCCGUCGGAUUUAGCGGGCUGGCAGCAGGAUUUGCUAUCGGCAUCGUAGGCGAUGCUGGAGUUAGAGGAACUGCUCAACAACCACGUCUGUUUGUAGGAAUGAUUUUGAUUCUCAUUUUCGCUGAGGUGUUAGGUCUUUAUGGACUUAUUGUCGCUAUCUACUUGUAUACCAAAUAAAUUGCCCUUUGGUAAACGUGUUUCCAUCAGUCAUCUGCAUGAAAGAUUUUGUUCGUGGAAGUCAUCUUAUUGUGAAUCAUGCCUUCAUUGUGAGUUGACUUCCUACAGCAGCCACCUCGUUUACAAUUUGACACUUGGAUGAAAAGUAGCACAAUGUAUGUAAUGUGGCAUAUUUCGAAAUUAGGCAGUUUGGUGCUUCAGUUUGAAAGAAGCAGCUGUUCGUUAACCCAUAAAUCAUCGGAUAAUUUUGUUACUUUGUAUAUACUCUAUGAAAACCUUUUUUUGAAACUGUUUGAUGUAUAUAUCUGUUGAAACUGCACAAUCGUUUUGUUUAAAACUGUGCUCGUAUCAAAAGUUGUAGAGAUUUUUUUUGCAAAAAGCUGCAGUGUUUUACAUGGGCAUGUUAAUUAUUUGGUGCAAAAUGGUAUUAAUGUUAUCGACUUUGAAAUAAUUGAAUAAAUAAAUUGUGGUGUCUUUAGUCAGGGUGUGAAAUAGCAUAGAAUCAUUAAGACUCAGUGAACGCGGUUUACAUUCCAUUAAGUCAUUAGGUGUUAAUUUAUCGUCACUGACAUUGCCAGGGAAGACAGUUACUUGAGGCAAUUUGUACAUGCUGAAGGACCUGUGAUAUUAUUUUACUUAUUGGUCCCUGGUAGUUUAAAAGUUCAGUAUUUAUAUUGGACACAAAUUCUGCCCCAGUUAUUGAUGCUGGAGUAGUAUUUGUGGCAACUGACAUGGCAUGUUCUAUGAGAAAGGUCACCAGAGGAAAAUUGUGCCUGCCCAAGUAAUCUUUCUUUGAUAUGCAGACGUUGUUUGAAUCUCCACUAUACAUUAAGCAUAUGUGUGAAUAUGUAGUAUAGUGUGUGUGUGUGUGUGUGUGUGUGUGUGUGUGUGUGUGUGUGUGUGUCAGAAUGAUAUAGUCAAUGAAUUGUAUGUAUAGGUAGUGUAAUUUCAAACUGCAUCUUAUUUGUACAUGUUGGUUAUAGUGAAAAUGUAUUUAACUUGGGUGAAGGCUGAAAAUUUUCAUUCCAGUAGUUGAGAUUAGAUCUUUUUGAAUGUAAAUAAAUCAAGAUUUCCUUGUAAAGUGCCCUUUUUAAUUUUUGUGUAAUUUGAACCAUAUGGUCUUUUUUUUCCAAAGUAAAGCCUUCAAAAUCCCUGUUCAGAGCAGUUAAGAUUUUAGCAUUGUACAAUAGUGUUAAAUUGAGAGGCAGCAUUGGGAAUUGUGUAUGUGACAAUGCUUACUAAAAACAUUAGCAACUUUGUAUGAAAGUGUGAGCCGUUAAAUAUUGGAUACCUAACUGUUGUGUAAAUACAGACUACUUGGAAUUUAAA